AUAAUAUUAUUCCAAAUGGAUGCCGCUAAAAUAACAGAACUCAAACACUUUAUUGAUCAGUGCAAGACUUGCCCUUCAAUUCUCCACUCCCCAUCUCUUGUUUUCUUCAAAGGUAUGAUUUGCAGCCUAGGUGCUCGAGUUCCUCCAGAGACAAAACCGGAGAAAGGUGAUAUUAACAUGUCUGACUCUGGGGAAUGCUAUGAUUCCAAAAGACCAAUUGAAGAUGAUGAUGAUGAUAUUGUUGAGUCUGAUAUUGACUUGGAUAAUACUGAUGUUGUGGAACCUGAUAAUGAUCCUCCACAAAAGAUGGGAGAUCCUGCAGUUGAAGUUACAGAAGAAAAGCGGGAUGCUGCUCAAACUGAAAAGGCAAAAGCUAUGGAUGCAAUUUCUGAAGGUAACCUGGAUGAAGCCAUAGAUCAUUUAACAGAAGCCAUCAUGUUGAAUCCAAUUUCAGCUAUAUUAUAUGCCACGCGAGCUAGUGUCUUUGUUAAACUGAAGAAACCUCAUGCUGCAAUUCGUGACGCUGAUGCUGCUCUGGCAAUCAAUCCAGACUCUGCAAAAGGAUAUAAAGUACGAGGUAUGGCCAGAGCCAUGUUAGGCCAAUGGGAACAAGCAGCAAGUGAGCUGCAAAUGGCAUCAAAGUUGGAUUAUGAUGAUGAGAUUGGUUCAGUGCUGAAAAAGGUUGAACCUAAUGCACGCAAAAUUGAAGAGCAUCGCAUAAAAUAUGAACGCCUGCAGAAAGAAAGGGAGCUAAGGAAAGCUGAACGUGAAAGAAAACAAGAAGCUGAACCCCAAGAAAGAGAAGCCUUAUCUGCUCUGAAUGAAGGGCAAGUUAUAGGCAUUCAUUCUGCUAGGGAACUAGAUCCCAAACUAAAUGCUGCAUCAAAAACUUCUCGCCUUGCAAUCUUGUACUUCACGGCAACAUGGUGUGGGCCAUGUCGUAUGAUUUCUCCCAUUUUCACAAGCUUAGCUGCAAAGUACCCGAAAGUUGUUUUCUUGAAAGUUGACAUAGACGAGGCAAGGGAUGUUGCUUCAAGCUGGAAUAUCAGCAGUGUUCCUACCUUCUACUUUACAAAGAAUGGCAAGGAGAUUGACAAGGUUGUGGGGGCUGAUAAAAAUGGACUGGAAAGGAAAAUUGAACAACAUGCAGGCUAGUCUCGAGCUAAUCUACUGCGAGAGCAUUGUAUGUGUUUUCGGUAAUCAAACUUAACAACGAUAUUAAGACGUGAGAAAUGUAUGAGAUUAUUAUAUUUUUAAUAGAACUGACAUGCUCAAGCUAUGCUUCUUUUGGGAUUUAUACUUGUUUGUACGGACAAAGCAUAAUAAUUAUGGUUUUUCUAUCGAA